AUGGCUACAUUCAUCACACAUCAAAUUAUGGGCACUACCCUCCAUACCACUGAUAGGUAUACAAACUUGCAAGCACGAGGUCUUGGUGCCUCUGGGAUAAUCUGCUCGGCGCGUGAUUCGAUGGCCAAUCGAACAGUUGCUAUAAAGAAAAUAAAGAAUCCUUUUGAUAGCACUACCCUGGUCAAGCGCACGUAUCGCGAGAUUCAUUUGAUGGCCAAUCUAAAACAUGAUAAUUUGAUUAACAUGACGGAUAUCUUCAUCUCACCAGCGGAAGAUCUUUAUGUUGUGAUGGACUGUUGCAUGACAGACCUUCAUCGUUUAAUCCAAUCAGCAUCAGAGCCAUUGGAGGACAAGUUUAUCCAGUUCUUCACCUACCAACUGCUGCGAGGGUUGAAAUACAUUCACUCUGCCGGCGUGGUCCAUCGUGAUCUCAAGCCUAGCAACGUAUUGGUCAACGAGAACUGCGACUUGAAGAUUUGCGACUUUGGUUUAGCCCGAGAACAAGACCACAAAAUGACUGGCUAUGUCGCCACACGGUACUACCGAGCUCCAGAGAUCAUGUUGACUUGGCAGAGAUACGGCGUAGCCGUGGAUAUUUGGAGCACUGGUUGCAUCAUCGCAGAGAUGAUUUUGGGGAAGCCACUUUUACCAGGCAAAGACAAUGUGCAUCAGUACAGACUGAUCACUGAGAUGUUUGGGAAGCCACCAAAGGAGGUCAUGGAGACAGUUUACAGUGACAUUACGAUGAAGUUUGUGAACUCUCUACCUCAAACGAAACCCCGGUCACUUGGAGCUACUCUGGGAGAUACUGACCCCGAAGCCAUUCAUCUCUUGGAGAAAAUGUUGGAUAUAGACCCGCAAAAGAGAAUCACAGCGGCGGAUGCCCUAGCCCAUCCAUAUGUUUCGACCUACCACGACUCCAACGACGAACCCGAGUGUGAGAAACAAAUUGAUUGGUCUCUGUUGGAUUCAGAAAUGACUGCAGAUGAAUGGAAGUGUAAAAUGUAUUCCGAGAUCUUGGAUUAUCAUCAUGGUUCUUGCAACUGGGUAGAUAAUGACCCCAAAGCCCACGAGAGCAAUUUUGAGAAUUGGCUGCAUAAGGAGAUGACGGUGGACUCAUAUUGA